AUGAAUAAAAUGGAUGAGGCAGCUGGUGAUUUAAAACAGGCACUUCCAAAUGUGUGUGAUUCUGUGCAGAUACAUGUAGAAGUUCAUCAGAAAUCAAACAGCACCUCAAAGAAAGAAGAUAUCAGGCUGAGUGUCUUAAAGCUGCUAAACAGACAUAACAUCGUUUUUGGUGAUUACACAUGGACUGAGUUUGAUGAUGGUUUUCUGAACAACAAUGUGCAGUCUGUGUCAAUUGUGGACACAGAGCUAAAACUGAAAGAAAGACAGCCCAUUAACUUGAGCAAGUGCAAUCUCUCGAUUCAUAUUUUUCAUCUGAAUGACGAAGGACCAAGCACUGAAAAUCUAGAGGAAGAGAAUGAGAAUAUUGUUGCAGCCAACCACUGGGUGCUGCCUACAGUUGAAUUCCAUGGUCUUUGGGAGAGCCUUGUGUAUGACACUGAAGUAAAAUCGCAUCUACUUGACUAUGUGAUGACAACUUUACUGUUUUCUGACAAAAAUGUUGACAGCAACCUGAUAUCCUGGAACAGAGUUGUCUUGCUGCAUGGUCCUCCAGGAACUGGUAAAACUUCACUCUGCAAAGCAUUGGCUCAGAAGCUGACCAUUAGACUUUCAUACAGGUACAGAUAUGGACAGUUAAUUGAGAUAAACAGUCAUAGCCUCUUCUCUAAGUGGUUUUCUGAGAGUGGCAAACUUGUAACCAAGAUGUUUCAGAAGAUUCAAGAGUUAAUUGACGAUAAAGAUGCUCUUGUAUUUGUACUGAUUGAUGAGGUUGAAAGUCUCACAGCAGCUCGUAGUGCUUUCCGAGCAGGCACAGAGCCUUCAGAUGCUAUCCGUGUGGUGAAUGCUGUAUUGACACAAAUAGAUCAAAUUAAAAGGUAUCCCAAUGUUGUAAUCUUGACUACUUCAAAUAUUACAGAGAAAAUUGACACAGCCUUUGUAGACAGGGCUGAUAUAAAGCAAUAUAUUGGACCUCCAUCUGCUGCAGCAGUAUUCAGAAUAUAUUUUUCUUGCUUGGAAGAACUGAUGAAGCGUCAGAUAAUAUAUCCUCGACAGCAGCUGCUGACACUCAGAGAGUUAGAGAUGAUUGGUUAUGUAGAAAAUAAUGUGUCACGGCUGAGUCUUGUAUUAAAAGAAAUUGCAAGGAAAAGUGAAGGACUUAGUGGCCGUGUCCUGAGGAAACUUCCUUUUCUAGCACAUGCACUUUAUAUUCAAUGUCCUAACGUUACAAUGGCAGUGUUUCUUCAGGCUCUUUCACUUGUAGUGGACAAACAAUUUGAAGAAAGAAAGAAACUUGCAGACUGCUUUUGA